CUGGUGGUGGCCCAGGCGGAGGGCCUAGUUAUGGUGGACCCGGCGGUGGCCCUAGUGGAGGACCUAAUUAUGGUGGACCUGGUGGUGGACCUGGUGGUGGUCCUGGCGGUGGCUACGGUGGACCCAGUGGUGCUCCUGGUGGUGGACCUGGUGGUGGACCUGGUGGUAGCUACGGUGGACCUGGUAGUGGCCCUGGUUAUGGUGGACCUGGUGGUAGUCCUGGCUCUGGCUACGGUGGACCUGGUAGUGGCUCUGGUGGAGCGCCUGGUUAUGGUGGACCUGGUGGUAGUCCUGGCUCUGGCUACGGUGGACCUGGUAGUGGCUCUGGUGGAGCGCCUGGUUAUGGUGGACCUGGUGGUGGGCCUGGUGGUGCACCUGGUUAUGAUGGACCUGGUGGUGGUACUGGCGGUGGCCACGGACCCGGUGGUGGUUAUGAUGGAACGGGUGGUAGAGCUGGCAGUGCGCCUGAUGGUAGUUAUGGUGGACAAGGUGGUGCACCUGGUGGAGGAUAUGCCGGACCUGGUGGUGCACCUGAUGGAGGAUAUGGCGGACCUGGUGGUGCACCUGGUGGAGGAUAUGGCGGACCUGGUGGUGCACCUGGUGGACCACCUGGUGUUGCACCUGGUGGAGGGUACGGUGGACCUGGUGUUACUCCUGGUGGACCUGGUGGUGCACCUGGUGGAGGGUAUGGCGGACCUGGUGGACCUGUUGGUACUCCUGGUGGACCUGGUGGUGCACCUGGUGGAGGGUAUGGUGGACCUGGUGGUGCACCUGGUGGAGAGUAUGGCGGACCUGGUGGUGGUGGUUAUGGUGCCCCAGGUAGUGGAGCGAGUGGUGGUCCAAGUAGCGUCCACAGUGGAAGUUUAACUGGUGGGCCUAGUGGGCCACCUACUAGUCGAACUGGUGUUAACUAUGGUUCGUCUAGUGGUGGUGGUCCUAGCACUGGAGCCCCAGGCGGCCCUGACAGUGCUUACAGUGGAGGAUUAACCGGUGGAACUAGCACUGCCCCUGGAGGUGGUCAAGCUGUCGGACAAUACGGUGCGCAAGAAGCAAACGCAGAUAAAACUUCAUCUACAUAUCCGGACAAAUCUUUGUCAUCGUAUUCAGAUAAAACCUCAAGCAAAGCCAGUAAAACUACGAGUAAGCGGCCGUCACGUACAAGUUCCUUACAAGAUCAACAGCAAAAAAUGAGCAAAACGAAGCUACCCUUUCUACCCGAUAUUCUGGACGUCAUAGAAACGCAACGAGAAAAAGAGCUUCGUGUAAUUCAUCAGAGGGCCAAUUCUUAUGAAGAACGAGCGAAAACACCGACACCUAUGGCCUCGGUGGGUUCUAUAGCUGAACAAUAUGAAAAACUUCUUGUUGAGUUGAAAGAGUACCGAGUAGAGAAUCAAGGGGUGGAGAGAUUGUGCAAGGACAAGGACGUACCCCUCGCCUUUCCCUGGUAACUCAAGAACAGUUUGAUAAAUUGGCGUUGGCUAUCCAGGAGCUACAAAAGAAGCUUUUGUCAGGCAGUCGAAAGUUUUCUGAACACGAAGGACUAAUACAAGAACUCCGAAAAGAUGCUUCGCUCGCAGAUCCAAUGGUAGCAGUACAACUUUCUGCUCGACUAGAAGCAGCUGAAAAAAAACUUGGAAAGAUGCAGAAAAUGGUCAAUGAGUUAGGCAAGCGAGCAAACUAUGAUACACCUAUUGGACCCUAUAACACUGACGUAUCGGCGUCAGAUUAUGACCCUAAAUCUCAAAGCUUACGAAGUGGAGCUCCUGGUGGUCUUGGUACUUCACCAGGAGGUAGACCUGGAGCUACUUUUGGUGGACCCCAAACUGGCCCUACUAUCACCGAUGGAUCGUAUCCACCGGGUGGACUGACUGAACUCGAUGAACUUGAAGCUACUGAUACUUUUGAUGGUGAUGUUAAACGAAGGACCUUACCUGGUACUACUACUAAAGGUGGUCGUAAAAGUUAUAAACAGGGGAGUUCUGCUACUCCUUCCGUAAAAUCACAAGAGACUACCCGAAAAUCAUUAUCUUCCGCUGGUGGUGCUUUUUCUUCCAGUACUACUCCUUCAACGACUGCAACUGCCACCGCAACCACCAAUGCCACUACCACUUCCUACAGCCCUGGAAAAUAUUUAGAACCUAGUUCAAUCCUAGAUAAACCUCCUGAGUCUGAUAUGCUCCAAACCCAAACUACCGAGGAAGGUGAAGAAUAUGCUCUUAAAUCUGAUUAUGUCACUUACAAUGAAUUGGACGCAGCAACACAAAAAUUAUAUGACAACCUAUUGAAUAUUUUAUCACAAAUAACAACGCGUACCACCCAUAACGCUGAAAUUGCAUACAAACUUUCUAUAAAUUUAGAUGCAAAAAUCGAGGUUGCAUUAGCUGCCGCCGCUCGUAUGUCCGAUUUGGAAGAUUUGGUCAAACAAUAUUCCGAUCAAAUAAAUGCACUUGAUACGGGGCUCUCCUCUCAGAUGACGAACUACCAAGAACAAAUAUCGCAAAUGCAACAUGAUUUAGAAACUGGAUUAGAGAAUAUGGCAGAAAGAUUAGGCAACACUGGCGGGGAUACAGCAGCGGUGACAGAGCUGAAUUCUCACUUCACGGCCCUUCAAGUGGAUUUCGAGAAUAUGUUAGUUCGACAGAAGGAUUUGAAAGAUUCACAAAAUUCUGUAGCUUUUGAUCUCGAAAAUUUAUGGAAAGAAAUAGAAAUGCUUCGGGAUACGAAAUCAGACCGUGAAGAAGUAACUGAUGCGCUCCGUGAUAAAGCGGGGAUUGGUGAACUCAACGGUCUUGUUUCUUUGCCACAAUUCGAUGCUGUACGAGGUGAAAUUGAAAAGCGUAUAGGUGCAGCAUACGAUAAAUUUAAUAAUCAAGAAACUGUUUGGCAAAAAGCUAUAGAUGACCUUAUAAGAGAUCUAAACGAAAAAGCUGAUAUAAUUCAAGUAGAAUCUCUAAGAGAUGAAAUUGCUAAAUACAUAAAUAAAAUGAAAGAACGCAUGCAAUUCAUAGAAGACAUUGUGGGAGAUCCAAAAAGUGCGAUGCUAUCUAAGAAACUAUUCCGCGACGCCGCAUGUCUAUCUUGUGGUAGCCCGGCACACAUGGACCAAGAAGAACCAUUUUCCAUCCCUGCUCUACCUAAAUUUCCCUCAAACAGACAGCCAGGUGAAGGAGCUGAAGCUGAGACGACAACUAAGGGAGGAGGGGAUCAUGAAAUUUGUUAUAAAGAUUUUGUCAUACCGCACCCGAGAGAUCCAAGGUCACACAUAUGUCAGCGGUACUGUGGCGGCUCUCACACUUUGGUUACCGAAGGACCGAGUCGAAUUCCUCCUGGCAUGCUCGUACAACAGUCCGUAAAACCAACGACUACAAUACAGGGCACGGAUGGAAAAACGUAUUUGAUGGAUGAAGAACCUAUAGAAUUAAAAAUACCAUGCAAGCCAUGCAACAAGGCAAAAUCGCCAUUUGAUAGAGGUAAUACAAAUUGUGAAAUUGGAGAUACUUCCAUGACUACGCCAGAACACGACAUGACAUCUUAGGAAACUAUUUACCUACUUUACUUUCUUUCAUUUAAUACAAUUAUUAUUCGUUCUUUUUCUGCGCUCUAUUGUUAUUC